AUGGCCGCUCCUCGAUCAACUUCCCUGCGUGCCCUGCGCCAGGUCACUCAACACUCUGCUCCCCGUCGUUGCCUUCACAUCACUGGCGUUCAGUCGGCCCAGCCCCUCAACUCUGGCGACAAGGCCUCUCUUUAUGCUGCUCGCAGCCUUCCGGAGCUCAAGCAAGAGUGCCAAAGACGUUCGAUCCGUGUCGCUGGAAGCAAAUCGGAACUCAUCGAGCGCCUCUCUAACCACGAUGUCCUGCAAUCCCGCGCUUUCAGCAUUGCCAUGCGCCGCAUCAACCCCAAUGCUUUCUCUGCCCCUUCUGCCCGCCUAUUCAACACCUCCCGUUCCUCAAAAGCCGUCGGCGAUUCCUCUACAGUCGACUUCGUCUACAUGCCUUCCUUAGCCGACCUUGAAGCUCCAUCUGCCCGUCCCCCUCAACAAAUCCCGGUCCUCCCCGAUCUCUCCUCCCGCGGGGUCUCGCAAGCCCCAUCCGCCCCACCCAUGAAGCCCCAGAUUUACACUGUCGCCGGUGCCGGCGCUGACGUCGCCGCCAGCCCCAUGAGCGAAGUCGUCGAUAAUCACGCGGUCGACAUUGACCCGUUCUCCUUGACCGAGGCUGAGCCCGGUAUCGUUCAGGAGCUCUGGUCUGGAUUCUUGGACGAUGUCCUCGGACCCAAACAGUCUUCUGCCCGCAAGUAG